CUCGGAAGUGAGCUGGCGGUGCUGCCGUGGAGCGUCGGACCCGGAAGUGCGGCUGAGCCGGGAGGUAUGGCAGCGGCUGCAGGAGCGGGCGACGAGGAGAGGGACAUGAAGCAGCUGCAGUCUGAGAUGAGCGAGCCCGGGAGCCCGCCAGGAAGGAGCGCAGGAGACCGGGUCAAUCGGCGCCUCAAGUAUCUCAGUUUGGCCGUGCUGGUCGUCCAGAAUGCAUCCCUCAUCCUUAGCAUUCGAUAUGCCCGCACCUUACCCGGGGACCGCUUCUUCUCCACCACCGCCGUGGUCAUGGCAGAGGUUCUCAAGGGCAUUACCUGCCUGCUGCUCAUGCUGGCCCAGAAGAGAGGUAAUGUGAAGGAGCUGGCUGUGUUCCUGUAUGACGCGGUCAUUAUCCAGUACAUGGACACCCUGAAGCUGGCAGUGCCCUCCCUCAUCUACACCUUGCAGAAUAACCUCCAGUACGUGGCCAUAUCUAAUCUGCCAGCAGCCACCUUCCAGGUCACGUAUCAGCUGAAGAUCCUGACCACUGCGCUGUUCUCCGUUCUCCUCCUGAGGAAAAGCCUGUCCCGUCUGCAGUGGGGCUCCCUCGUCAUCCUCUUCAUCGGCGUGGCCAUCGUCCAGUCUGAGCAGUCUGGUGGGAAGGAGAGCGUGGCAGCGAGCGGUCAGAACUACAUCGCGGGCCUGAUUGCGGUGGGCGUGUCCUGUCUGUCCUCCGGCUUUGCUGGCGUGUACUUUGAGCGCAUCCUGAAGGGCAGCUCCGGCUCCGUUUGGCUACGCAACAUUCAGCUUGGCAUCUUUGGCACGGCCUUGGGGCUCCUGGCCAUGUGGCAACAAGAUGGCGCAGCGAUGGCCGAGCGGGGCUUCUUCUAUGGCUACACUCCCCUGGUGUGGUGCGUCAUCUUCAACCAGGCCUUCGGCGGCCUCCUGGUGGCCGUGGUGGUCAAAUACGCAGACAACAUCCUGAAAGGCUUCGCCACGUCGCUGUCCAUCGUGGUGUCCACAGCCGCCUCUGUUCACCUCUUUGGAUUCCACGUGGACCUUCCGUUUGCACUGGGUGCUGGACUGGUCAUAGGUGCUGUGUACUUAUACAGCCUCCCCCGGACACCUGACCCACCCCUGUCCAACAUCAGCCAGACUCCACCACACAAGGAGCCAUUCCUGCCAAAGAUCGUUUCCAAACAAAAAGGCUCGUGAGAGCGAAGUGACCGGGACCGGGCUGCACCUUUACCGUAUAUUCUUUUAUAUAAGAAUCCGUUAGACUUACCCCGCUAUUAACGGAACCUUCAU